UUUAAGAUCCUAGAUGAGAGAAAUGAUCUGUGAUAUGAAGCUCAGUCUCUGAUUGUGAGCAGCGGAGCUGGACCGCAGUACGAUGGACAAAAUGCUCGGUUUUGUGUUUUUGCUUCUCCUGGGAAUCCACAGCACUGAAGCUGUUUCCCACUCUCUGAAGUAUUUCUACACUGGAUCCUCUCAAGUCCCAAACUUCCCAGAGUUUGUGGUUGUUGGGUUGGUUGAUGAUGUUCAGAUGGUUCACUAUGACAGCAACACACAGAAAGCCGUGCCAAAACAGGACUGGAUGAGGGACAACACGGAUCAGCAGUACUGGGAGAGAGAGACUCAAAUAUUUCUGGGUGCCCAGCAGAUCUUCAAAGCCAACAUUGAAAUUGCGAAGCAGCGCUUCAACCAAACUGGAGGAAUUCACUUGGUGCAGAGCAUGUAUGGCUGUGAGUGGGAUGAUCAGACUGGAGAAAUUAAAGGUUUCCACCAGGAUGGUUAUGAUGGAGAAGACUUUAUAACAUUUGACCUGAAAUCAGGAUCCUGGAUCGCACCAACACCAGAGGCUGUUAUCACCAAAAACAAAUGGGACCAUGAUAAAGGUUUUAAUGCAAACCGUCUGAACUACUACAACCAGGAAUGUCCUGACUGGAUAAAGAAGUAUUUGAACUAUGGAAGAAGCUCUCUGAUGAGAACAGUUAAUCCCUCAGUGUCUCUCCUCCAAAAGUCUUCAUCCUCCCCAGUCAGUUGCUACGCUACAGGUUUCUACCCUAGCAGAGCUGAAAUGUUCUGGAGGAAAGAUGGAGAGGAGAUUCAUGAUGGUGUGGAGAAAGGAGAAAUCAAGCCCAACAAUGAUGGAACCUUCCAGAUGAAUGUUGACAUCGAUCUGUCAUCUGUUGCAACUGGAGACUGGACCAAGUAUGAAUGUGUGUUUCAGCUCUCUGGAGUCAAUGAAGACAUGACCAGUAGACUGGAGAAAACAAGAAUCUUGACCAAUGAAUCAGCAAAUAUCACCAAUGUGAUCAUCCCUGUUGUUGUUGCUGUGGCUGUUCUUGGUCUCAUUGCUGUGAUUGGAUUCAUUAUUUACAAGAAGAUGAACGCCAAGCGUCCACCAUCUCCUGUGGUAGGAGGUCAGGCUCCAGAGGAAACCCAGUUUCUUCCACAAGCAUGAAAAUGCAGAAACAGACCAAUAAGCAAGUUCAUCAAUGAAAUUUGCACUGAUCAGGAAAUGGCACCACUUUCUCUAUUAUUGUUAAAUUGUAUUUCUUGUCAUGUUGGACAGCCGUACAUUAACUGGUUCAAAUGCUGUUAAAUCAAAUGGGAUUAUCAUAUUAUUUUUAUGGUCUGGAAAAAUGUUGAUAUUGUUUUUUUAGCAAUAAAACUGAGCUUUUCAUC